AGUGGGGGGGCUGGGGAACAGACGGCUGGGGAGCCCUCGUUGUCCCUCCGGGUCACUCUGUCCCUGAGAAGAGAGGCCGCCGCCACGGCUGGGAAGGGGCCGCCGGCGGCCAAUGCGAAAUUGGCUGGUGCUUCUGUGCCCGUGUGCGGUCGGGGUCGCGCUGCACCUCUGGCUGCUGCUCCUCAGCUGCCCGGCUGGUGGCCCCGGGAAGCAGCACCCGGCAGGUCUACUGGCUUUCUUUCCUCACUGGAAACCGAAGCAUUAUGAUGUCAUUGUAGGGGUACUGUCUGCAAGACACAAUGAAGAGUUGCGUAAUGUUAUAAGAAGCACUUGGUUCAGGCAUUUGAAGCAACAUGCAGGAUUAAAUCAACGUGUCCUUGUGAAGUUCAUAAUUGGUUCACGUGGAUGUGAUGUGCCAGUGGAAGAUCGAGAAGAUCCUUAUUCAUGCAGACUUCUGAAUAUCACCAACCCAGUCCUGAAUCAAGAAAUUGAAGCAUUCACUUUGCCAGAGGAUGAUACUUCAGUGCUUUCUGAAGACAGAGUUGUCAGUGUACAUUUCAAAGUCCUUUACCCAAUUGUUAUUACAAGUCUCGGGGUGUUCUACGAUGCUAAGGGUGUAGGAUUCCAGAGAAACAUCACAGUGAAACUGUACCAAGCAGAACAGGAGGAGGCACUCUUCAGUGCUCGUUUUAGUCCUCCUAGUUGUGGAGUACAAGUGAACAGACUUUGGUACAAACCUGUAGAACAGUUCAUUCUGCCUGAGAGUUUUGAAGGCACUAUUGUGUGGGAAAGCCAGGAUCUACAAGGCCUCGUGUCUAGAAAUCUUCACAAAGUGAUGGUGAAUGAUGGAGGAGGUGUCUUCCGAAUCACUACGGCAGGGGAAGGAUCAUUGCCACAUGAAUUUACACAAGGCGUGGAGGGGAUUGCCGGUGGUUUUAUUUACACAAUUCAAGAAGGAGAGGCCCUUUUACAAAGUUUGCAGAGUCGCCCUGAAAGGAUUAUGCAUCAUGUAAAUAAACUUGAAGAGGAAGAUGCCUUAUUGAAGGAUGAAAGUAACACUUACGAUGAUAUUGUAUUUGUUGAUGUUGUUGACACCUACAGAAAUGUUCCAGCUAAAUUAUUAAACUUCUAUCGAUGGACAGUAGAAUCAGCAAGCUUCAACGUGUUGCUGAAGACAGACGAUGACUGCUACAUAGAUUUAGAGGCUGUGUUCAACAGAAUAAAGCUCAAAAAUUUGGGUAGACCAAAUACUUGGUGGGGAAAUUUCAGAUUAAACUGGGCAGUUGAUCGGACAGGGAAGUGGCAAGAACUGGAGUAUCCAAGCCCUGCAUACCCAGCCUUUGCUUGUGGGUCUGGUUACGUUAUCUCCAAAGACAUUGUAGAAUGGCUUGCAAGCAAUUCAGAAAGACUAAAGAUAUAUCAGGGAGAAGAUGUCAGUAUGGGUAUUUGGAUGGCAGCAAUUGGUCCAAAACGAUAUCAGAUUGAAAGUCAGUUUGGGCGACUUCCGGUACGGCGCAGUGAGCGAGCGGGCGCUCUUUGGGACUCCCGAAUCGCCCACUCCCCUCUUUGCUCUUUUUGGUGCUCUCCUGGUUUACUGGGGGCAUCGCCCAACCUCCUGAAGGGAGGCAGGGUACCAAGGGGCUCCACCCGGCCACCCCCGCACCUGGGAAGUGUGGGGGAGAGCCGUUUUUGCCUCAAAGCGGGAGCGACCGAGGGAAGGAAACAUGGCCUCCAUGUUUUCCAAUAGCUGCGACCAGCUGUUUUUAAGGAUUGUUUCGUUUAGGGUUUUUUCUUUUUUCUUUAGUUUUUUCUUGCAACAAAGGAAAUUUGUGAAUACGCAAUUGCUUUCUUUAUAAUUGGUGGUGACCCUUAUUAAAUGACCCCCACAAGACUGUCUCAAAUUUUUGAAAUGUUUACGCAGCCAUGGAAAGGAACGGAGCAAAAGACAGGAAAAUGGCGUUAAGUGGGCAAAAGGAAGAAGUCUCAGCAGGAGAAAUAGUAUUAAUUUACUUAGAAAAUAGUGAAUUUGGACAUAUAACUCUGCACCAGUUAAAAAACCUUCUAAUUAACAAGGUGUGGCAGGCAGCUGAGGACGCCUGCAAAAAUAUUAUUAAGAACCUUCUAACUAAAGACCCAGAAUUGGAAAUCAAACAGAAGCCUGCGCAGGAAGAACAGGAGGAGCCCCUGCAAUGUCAGCGUUUUGUGAUUUCAGAGAAGGAAUAAGGCAACUGCCAAGGCAAAAAAGUACAAGGGCCUCAGUCACACGGGCCGGAUAUCACAGGGGGGGGAGGUGUGGC